UACAGUCGUGUUUAUUGCUGACAAGAUCGUGGAUUGCAGUAUAUGCACGCCAAAAAACAAUUCAUGUGUAAAUGAUACACAUUCGCAAAAAUAUGUAUAAUUCUUAUGCUGCAUCAUAUGCGUACUUCUUUUAAAUGGCUGUGUUUCACGCCAUAAACAAGUGUUAACAUCGCAGUAAGGUUAACAGAGCGUUCAAACGCUGCUAAAGAAGUCAUGGACGCCGGGAAAACUGUUGUUCCUCUCAGUUAUAAGUCGAGAACUCUGGACCACGGAUUUCUGAACGGAUCUAGCAAUCCGGUCUUCUUGGAGGAACCGAGUGUCUUGAAUGAGGUAUUGUUUUGUGUUUCAAAGUGAGUUCCCAGCAGGCACAUGUUUUCCUUAACGUCGGUGUGCCUGUUCGGUUGUACGAUUUUAGUACUAAUGUGUAGAUUGAUGUACUUUGGACUAAAUAUACAAUUUUUCAUUUCAGUUCGUUAAUUACAAGAAAUAAUGAAUACACGCUUGUAUGUAACACGUACUUAUUUUAUAACAGUGCACACAAUGAAGAAUAUAAAUAGAAGUCAUCUUAUGAAUAUGUCAGACGCUCCACAAAAUCUUCUCUUUGUUCAUUUAGCCAAGUUCACACGCACACAUAAAAAUAAAUAAAAAUAGCACGUCCUUCUAGCUCAUUUAACAAUAGGAUGUCGCAUGCAUUGCUCUGCGAUUUCUUGUACUAUUGCGCAAAUCUUCCCUUCCACAGAUUUUACAAGUACUAGUGGUUGCUACCCGCGGUUAGCACUGUGUGGUACUCGUCUCUCAGUAGAACCUAAACCCAUUCAAUACCUGUUUCCCGGGACCCUAGUUAAGUACAACCCGUCAAUGGGUUUAUAACGACAGAGUGUACAGGUAAACGGCCUAUACCUGUCGCAUGUGUGCAUUUUAUGCAGCACAUCCUGUAAUAAACAUGCUGGUGAGAUUUCAUUUUCUUGGAUGAAACCAAGUCGAAUUCGAUGCAGAUGAAAUCAAAAUUCGAAAAACAAAUUACCGAGUCCAUCAAUCAUAUUAAAAUUUUCUCGGUGAAAGGUCAGAUAGCCAUCUAUCAGAGCGCGUUAUGACAGGUUCAGGAUCAUUAACACUCCGGCAUAUUGUCGUCCAUAAAUUAUCUACAGAGCAAAAAAAAAAAAAAAAAAAAAAAAAAAAAAAAUAAAUAAAAUAAAUAAAUAGAAAAAACAACACAGUCCCUAUACCUCUUGUAGCGCUUUGCUAGAUAAAAAAAAAAAACCCCACCAAAUGAUUUUAGGGUUCAUAACACUAUUUACAGUGUGAGACAUAAUUUAGUACGGAUGAGAUGAAGAAUCUGAAACAGCUGUUUUGAAUGACUUGGCUGAGUCGCACAUUACAAUGUCCAGAGGGAGAAAAUCACAGGUUUUUACAGUGUGUGUAAAGAACGAAUUCUGCUUAAUUUGAGUUCUACAAGAUGGAAUAUGGAAUGCGAGUGUGUGCAUAUUGCACGAGAGUUCGAGAGAGGAGUGAGUCUCUCCGAUUUAUGUAUGGUCACCUUUUCGUGGACUAUUUUGUAUAGCAUGGUCCCGUUUGCUACAGAACAGAACAAUGGGGUUCCAAACCGAGACAAGCAGUCACCAGGGGACACAACUAAGUCUGCCUCAGAAGAUGACCCCAAUAUCGUUCAGGAGGAGAGAACUCUGAUCUACAAAAUCAGCGACGCCACCCCGAUUCACCUCACCCUAUUCUUUGCAAUGCAGCAAGCACUUCUGUCUCUCUCGACAUCUUUGGCUGUAUCCCUAUUGGUUGCUGAGUACGCAUGUGCAGAGCAUGAUGAGGACUUCAAAUCAAGGCUAUUGAGUUCCACUUUGUUUAUGAAUGGGAUCACUACUCUCCUUAUGAUCACUAUAGGUGUCAGAUUACCACUUUACCAAGGAGCCACGCCAGAUUAUGUGGCACCGUUGGUUGCAAUGGCAGCAAUAGACAAAGACCGAUGCAAUAUGACCACAACAUUUUUUAACGCUACCUCCAACACGACAGAAGUCAUUGCCACCAAUCCAGAUGACAUCGUCAUUUAUCAUAUUCAAACACUACAGGGCAGUCUGAUGUUAGCGGGAGUGAUCCAUUGCGUGCUUGGAGCCACUGGACUGGUCGGAGUCUUGUUACGUUUCAUUGGACCCGUUACCAUAGUCCCCACGAUCUUGUUGAUAGGGAUUUACAUGGUUACCUCAGUAACAAAGUUCGCACAAGUUCACUGGGGAAUCUCCUUCAUGACCUGUGCUAUAGCCAUCAUCAUGUCUCUCUACCUCUCCAAACACAACAUGCCGAUCCCCGUGUGGACCAGAAAGAAAUCAUGUCACGUGAUCAAAUACCCUUUCCACCAGGUGUUUGCUAUUCUUAUCGCUAUUGUGAUUGGCUGGAUUGUUAGUAUUAUACUGACAGAGAGUGGUGUGUUCGAUAGCGCAACUUCCGUCAAAGACAAACUUUAUUACGCCAGGACGGACGCUAGAAGUUACGUCAUUACAAACGCAAAAUGGUUUCAGUUUCCUUAUCCAGGGCAGUUCGGCACGAUUCGAUUCAGCAUCAACGCCUUCGUCGGUUUCUUUAUAGCCACAAUUGUCUCUAUACUGGAUUCUAUUGGAGACUAUUACGCAUGCGCCACCACCUGCAGGGUUCCACCUCCUCCAUCACACGCAGUGAAUCGUGGGAUUGCAGUGGAGGGCCUAUGCACUACAUUAUCAGGGGCUGUGGGUUGUGGUCAUGGUACCACGACGUACGGAGGGAAUAUAGGAGCAAUAGGCUUGACAAAGGUUGCCAGUCGUCACGUGUUUGUCUGCGUUGCUUUGGUUUAUAUCCUCUUCGGCAUCAUUGGGAAAUUUUCAGCCAUAUUCAUCACAAUUCCACAUCCGGUGCUAGGUGGCGCUCUGAUCAUUAUGUUUGGUAUGUUUAAUGGAGUUGUGCUUUCCAACCUCCAGUCCGUGGAUCUCACCUCCACUCGGAACUCCGCCAUCAUCGGAACCUCUCUGUUGGUGGGUCUGAUGAUGCCACACUGGAUUGAGAGAUACCCCGACACUGUAAAUACAGGAAAUCCAGAGGUUGAUGACGUACUGAAAAUGUUGCUUGGCAACCCAAACAUGGUUGGUGCAGUACUUUCCUGUUUUCUAGACAACACGGUACCAGGUACACCAGAGGAACGGGGCAUCACAGCGUGGCAGACGGUGGAUGAAGAAACAUUGUCGUCGGGGAUUUACCAGGAGGGAUUCGAGGUUUACAAACCAUGGCAACCGUCACGGAUGGCCAAUGCCAAGUUCAUGAAGUAUGUCCCAUUUAUGCCGGAUCCAGAAAAACGUGUACCGGAGCGCCAGCUCUCAGUGGACUUAGGCAGAAGAAAGAAAUGGUCUAGUGGGAUAGUUUUUAUGACAGUCCAACUCGGUUUCUUUUGGAAUAUGGACACAGGAAGCAGAUUGUUGACGGAUGUGUUGAUGGUGUUUCAACUUGCUGCAAUAAAUAUAAAUACUGGACCAGUAGACACAGAACAGAACAAUGAGAUUCCAUACCGAGACAAGCAGUCACCAGGGGACACAACUAAGUCUGCCUCAGAAGAUGACCCCGAUAUCGUUCAAGAGGAGAGAACUCUGAUCUACAAAAUCAGCGACGCCACCCCGAUUCACCUCACCUUAUUCUUUGCAAUGCAGCAAGCACUGCUGUCUCUCUCGACAUCUUUGGCUGUAUCCCUGCUAGUUGCUGAGUACGCAUGUGCAGAGCAUGAUGAGGAUUUCAAAUCGAGGCUGCUGAGUUCCACUUUGUUUAUGAAUGGGAUCACUACUCUCCUUAUGAUCACUAUAGGUGUCAGAUUACCACUUUACCAAGGAGCCACGCCAGAUUAUGUGGCACCGUUGGUUGCCAUGGCAGCAAUAGACAAAGACCGAUGCAAUAUGACCACAACAUUUUUUAACGCUACCUCCAACACGACAGAAGUCAUUGCCACCAAUCCAGAUGACGUCAUCAUUUAUCAUAUUCAAACCCUACAGGGCAGUCUGAUGUUAGCGGGAGUGAUCCAUUGCGUGGUUGGAGCCACUGGACUGGUCGGAGUCUUGUUACGUUUCAUUGGACCCGUUACCAUAGUCCCCACGAUCUUGUUGAUAGGGAUUUACAUGGUUACAUCAGUAACAAAGUUCGCACAAGUUCACUGGGGAAUCUCCUCCAUGACCUGUGCUAUAGCCAUCAUCAUGUCUCUCUACCUCUCCAAACACAACAUGCCAAUCCCCAUGUGGACCAGAAAGAAAUCCUGUCACGUGAUCAGAUACCCUUUCCAUCAGGUGUUUGCUAUUCUUAUCGCUAUUGUGAUUGGUUGGAUUGUUAGUAUCAUACUGACAGAGAGUGGUGUGUUUGAUAGCGCAACGUCCGUCAAGGACAAACUUUAUUACGCCCGGACGGACGCUAGAAGUUACGUCAUCACAAACGCAAAGUGGUUCCAGUUUCCUUAUCCAGGGCAGUUUGGCACGAUUCGAUUCAGCAUCAACGCCUUCGUCGGUUUCUUUAUUGCCACAAUUGUCUCUAUACUGGAUUCUAUUGGAGACUAUUACGCAUGCGCCACCACUUGCAGGGUUCCACCUCCUCCACCACACGCAGUGAAUCGUGGGAUUGCAGUGGAGGGCCUAUGCACUACAUUAUCAGGGGCUGUGGGUUGUGGUCAUGGUACCACGACGUACGGAGGGAAUAUCGGAGCAGUAGGCUUGACAAGGGUUGCCAGUCGUCACGUGUUUGUCUGCGUUGCUUUGGUUUAUAUCCUCUUCGGCAUCAUUGGGAAAUUUUCAGCCAUAUUCAUCACAAUUCCACAUCCGGUGCUAGGUGGCGCUCUGAUCAUUAUGUUUGGUAUGUUUAAUGGAGUUGUGCUUUCCAACCUCCAGUCCGUGGAUCUCACGUCCACUCGGAACUCCGCCAUCAUCGGAACCUCUCUGUUGGUGGGUCUGAUGAUACCACACUGGAUUGGGAGAUACCCCGACACUAUAAAUACAGGAAAUCCAGAAGUUGAUGACGUAAUAAAAAUGUUGCUUGGGAACCCAAACAUGGUUGGUGCUAUACUCUCCUGUUUUCUAGACAACACGGUACCAGGUACGCCAAAGGAACGGGGCAUUGCAGCGUGGCAGACGGUGGAUGAAGAAACAAUGGCUUCGGGGAUUUACCACGAGGGAUUCGAGGUUUACAAACCAUGGCAGCCGUCACGGAUGGCUAACAUCGACUUUAUGAAGUAUGUCCCAUUUAUGCCGAAUCCCGAGAAACGUGAUCCAGAGGACAAACUGUCAGUGGACUUAGGCAGAGAAAAGAAUGGAGCAGUUUGAUGGCAGGUGUGUUUAUGAUGAGCUCAAAAGACAUAAUAAACAGAGAUCGUAUGUAGUU